GGCGCCAUCGCCAAGCGCCCCGCUGCCGCGUUCAAACCAUUCCCAGAGCCCAAGAGGGGAAUGGACCGCGUGCAAGGCAAGAGGGGGAAGGAGAAAGGCAACGCCCCCUACGUUCGCACCGCCAACGGCACCCAGAAGACACAGAAAGAACGCAACGCCUGGUGCCGCAAUACCGACUCCUUCGACUCGGAAGACGAGAAGAAGCUCGUGGACCUCUUGAUCAAGGACGGGGUCCUCAUCGAUUGGUCUGGGUCGACGUGCCCUUUUUGCGGGAAAGGCACCCUCGGCGAACGGUGCACCUUGGAUUGGGGGAGCGGCUCGGGCUGUGCAUGGCGAUGCAACGACGGGAAGAAAUGCGGAAAGCAGAUGCGCCCCACUCGCAGCCACCCCAUUUUCGCCAGCGGCUGGGGGAAGGAGACAUUGUCGUUGCGGGACAAAUGCAGGGUCUCGUUCGGCCUUCUAACGGGGAUGACUACCGCGCAGAUGCACCAGCACUACGGCACCAACCACAAGAUGAUCGAGAAGAUGACCAGCAACCUCGACAUCGCGUACGGCAGCGGCAAGACUUGGGUUGACAUCGAGGCCGACGGGUCCGUCUUCGCUUCCGCGGUUACGGAGGACAAGGAGAUGAAGGAGUGGGAGCAGUGGGCAGGGGUGGUGCAGCGGGGCAAGCCAGAAACGCCAGUGCUGUUCAGGGCGAUUGCCGCGCGCAGUGGCUCCGCGCAGUGGGAGCACUGGCAUCGCGGACACGACCUGUGGUCUGCCACGGGCGAGAUGCUGUGCGAUUUGAUGGGCCCCACGCUCUGCGGGCACUGGCGCUGGCUGGCGGCGCAUAGUUCGAGCGACAGCCGUCGGGCCGCCCCCAGCUGCCAAGCUUUCGCCUCAAGCCUCCGUUGGCGCCCGCUGUCUGACAUGGCGAGCCCGACGGCCGGCAACAUCAAAUCAAUCGGAGAGGCCGUCGGCAGCGACGCCUCCGCAACUGAUCAAAUCAAAAACACGCGGCUGGACAUGGCAGCGGUGCAGUCCUUCAAAAAGCUCGACAAGCCCGAGCUCUUCCACUCAGACCCUCCCGCUGCUUUCGCCCUCCGCGACAUGCCGCUCCAAUACGUGGGCCACGCCGUGAAUCUGAAGCAUUCGGUGGAUUGGGUGGCGCUGGAGGAUGGCGCCGCGGAGCAAUUGGACACAGUGGACGUGCAUGGCGCCAUGUGCGCGGGCAACUACAUGGCGCUGCCAAUCCCGUUUAAACCAAACAAGGACCCUUGCGAACUUGCCUUCACCGCGCAGCUCCACAUCCUGCCGAAGGACGCGAACGGCGAGCAGCACGCGCUGAAGUACGCCAGGUUCGAGAACAAGGUUCGGACCGACAUCGCCAAGGAGAUCUUCGUUGCAGGCAAGGCGCUUGCCAUCCACUGGGGGAGCACGGCCGACAAAUACACGCCACUGAAACUCUUCUACCACAUGGUGGACAGGUUGGGCGGGGCGCAGAUCCACCAUUGGGCGCAGCCGUCCGCGGCCGCCGCCGCCGUCGGAGGUGGCGGUUACGACAGGGGCAGGCGAAGGGCGGGCUACCGUUUCAUAGAAGAGUUCGGCCCGAGGGCAAACAACCGGAACCUGUUCGCGGGGUGGACCGACGAACAGGUUAACGACGAGCAGUCGCCGAUCUUCGGACGGCAGGCAGCGGAAGUCAAAGAGUCGCUCCGCAACUACGCGUCGGGCUCUGUCGGCGCGAGGACACUCGAGCGCUGGGCGGUCACACUCGAGCGCCCCCACCCGUUCGCGUUCGACAACAUCGUCGCCCCCAUUCUCAAGAGCCACGACGUGCACGGGACCAUGUGGAUCGGCAAGACCAUGGUCGGCGAAUCCACGGCGUCGAAAACCAUCGGCUUCGCAAUCUCCGCCUACCGGAUUGAUGAGAAUAGCCGCGCCGACCUCCGUCCGAGCGUUGUCACGACGAAGAAAAUCGACUUCUUGCGGCUCGAGCCUGGAACUGCGUUCAAGCCCGAUAUCGCGGACGACACCGCCCACACGAAGUGGGCCCCCGAUGAGAUCAAGGCCUUCCUCGACCCCGCCGAGGAAGACGCGCUGUUGUGGGGCGGCACCUCCUUCGAGCAGAACCAGCCCCGCCAGAUCUGCGUAAACCCGUACGAUCAAGAGUUCGAGAAGAAGGCGCGUUCCAUCCGCAGAGGCCAGCAAGUGAUCAAGUUCGACGACUUCCUCAAAAUCAUCGAUCGUAACUUCAUGGGCGAGAAGCAGAGCGGCUACCAGAUGGCGGACGUGGAGGCGUACCUGGCGAGGUCCAACAUCGUGCUCCUCACUGACGACUGGAUGUACCUAUGGCUGGCGUCUACGACUAAGGAUCCAGCCCCCCGCUUCCCGCGGCCAGUGCCCGAGAAGCCAGACCUCUUCGCGCCCUGGACCACCCCUAUCCUGAAGCGGUUCAAGAAGGGCCAGGCCUUCACGCCGCCCGACUACGACGCGCACACGAAGCGGGCCGCGGCCGCCACGAAGAAGCUUGCCGGCGGCAAAGACGCCGGGCGUUCGAAGACAAUUCACAAUUCGCGGCCCCACGCUCUUCGACCAGGCAACCCAGAUGACGACGACGACGACUUUGGUCCCGGCAGCGAGAUGGGAAGCGCCGCCGCAGCAGAUGACGAGCACGACGUCUUUGGCGUCGGCGGCGGGACGGAUGGCGACGACGACCCCCCCCCCGCGGCCGUCGCGGCCGCGAUCCCCUCGCCUGCGGCGGCGAUCAAGAGUGAGCCAGGGGCGUUCCUCCAGCGCCUCAAGAAGUCCAAGGAUUGCGGCGUCAUUGACUUGAGCACGCCGACGCCGAAGAAGAAGCGCAUGGACCUCGAGGAGGAGCUCUCGCAGAUGCUAGAUGACGACGGGACGACAGGCGCCGCGGCUGCGAGUUCGGGCGCUGGCGCGCCAGCGUGA